AUGGCAUCUCAUAUCAGUCACAUCAUCGCAAAAGGCUUUCAAACGUCUUACGCACUCAAAACAUUCCGCUCACGUGGUCUCAGAGGCAUCAAAAUAUGCGACAUCACUGAAUCACUCAUAACCUCAGGCAUCAAAUAUGCAGCUCCCUCCUGGUCUGGUUUUGCUACACAACAACAACUUCAGCAACUACAAUCUCUCCUCAAAAAACUAAUCCGCUUCAACUAUCUACCUGCAUCAUAUCCUAUCGUCACUCAAAUAUUCGAAACACUCGAUUCAAGACUGUUCAAGAAAGUAGAAAAUAACAACAACCACGUCAUCCAUCCUCGACUACCACCAAAUAAAACUACAACACACAACCUUCGUCAGCGCAAACAUAACCAUCAAGUCGCCACCCAUUCUACAUAG